CCACUUUCUCCCUUAGCAGUGCGUUAGGCUCGUAAGGCACACUCAGUGCGCGCCAGCCACAGCAACACUUCACUCACACGACUUUCAGCUCCACUGGGACACCUGGCUCACAGGUUGAGUCCACACUAGAGGGCUGUUUUCUUUUUGUUUUGGUUUUUUUUUCCUGAUUUUGACUCCAGGAACGAGAGCUGCUGCCAGCUGGAGAGUUCUAAGCACGCUUAAGCAUACACUUGGACAUUUCUCUUGAUUCUCUUGAAUGAUGGAUCUGAAGUUGUUGUGCUGCGCGGUGCUUUUCCCUAUCCAAAUCUCCCUGUGCGUCCUGAAAGCCGCGGUGCGUUUGCUGAUGCCGCAGAAGCGCAAAGAUCUCGGCGUGGAUGUGGUGCUCAUCACUGGAGGAGGCAGAGGAAUCGGACGACACUUGGCCAAAGAAUUCGCCAAGCAAGGAGCCAGAAAGAUCAUUCUUUGGGGCCGUACGGAGAAGUGCCUGCGAGAGACGUGUGAGGAGAUCUCCAUGACGGGGACAGAAUGCCACUACUUUGUGUGUGAUGUGGGAAAUAGGGAGGAGGUGUACGAACAGGCCAAGGUGGUGAGGGAAAAGGUUGGGGAUGUGACUAUUCUGGUGAACAAUGCAGCAGUGGUUCAUGGGAAAAGUCUGAUGAACAGUGACGACGAUGCCCUUCUAAAAACGCAGCACAUCAACACACUUGGGCAGUUCUGGACCACGAAGGCUUUCUUGCCUCGCAUGCUGGAGCUGCGCCAUGGCCACGUGGUGUGCAUCAACUCCAUCCUCUCGCUCUCUUCCAUCCCUGGGGCCAUCGACUACUGCACAUCCAAAGCAUCAGCCUACGCCUUCAUGGAGAGUCUCACUCUGGGCUUGCUGGACUGUCCAGGAGUGGACUGCACCACCAUACUACCCUUCCACACAGACACAGAGAUGUUUCAGGGCAUGCGAGUCAGGUUCCCUCAGCUAUUUCCGCCUCUGAAUCCUGAAAUGGUGGCUCACAGGACUGUAGAUGCAGUCAGGACCAACACUGCGUUCGUUGUGCUGCCAUGGACCAUGCACUUUCUCGUCAUCCUCAAGAGCCUCCUCCCACAAGGUGCUCUGGAGGAAAUCCACAAGUUUGCAGGAAGCUAUACGUGCAUGAACACAUUCAAGGGACGGACUUAAAUGAGUUACUGCAGGGAAGGAUGGAAUGUGAAAAGUCCUUUAAUCAAACUGAAUGCGAGCACUGUGUCCCUGGAACAGCAAACGAGUUGUAGAGAAGGACUUCAGGAUCAUGGGGAUCGGUGUAUCACGGUGGCUUGUUUAUCCAGCAUAAAUUUCACAAUGGAUGUAAUUCAUCAUGAAGUCAUGAUUUGUAGUUGCGUCUGCUGGAAAUAUUGAUGUGUUAGUCUAAAAGACUCACAGGCUUGCUGACGAGCGUGCACCGUGAGCUCGGUGGGAAUACAGACUGAAUAACAGAUAGAUUUUCUGAAAGAAAAAGUUCUGGAAACAUCUGAAGUCUUCAAGUACAAUUACACACAGAUGCCAUGGAUUUAGUGAAAGUUGUAGAAUGUUACUAAUUUCACAUGCUUUUUAGGUAACUCGAUGCAAGUUCCUUCUCCAGCAUGUUGUAAAUAAAUCCAGCGUAUCUAUCUCAACAUUACUGUCAACACUAAAUAAACAGUAUUUGAUAAGAAAA